AUGGCGAGGUCAGGCGAAGCAAAGAUCCAGACUGAGGCGAGGCAAGGCAAAGCAGGGUUCCAGGCAGGAAGAGGACGAGCACAGAGAACAACAAUGGAGCAAGCCCCUAUUCUGGCGAUCGGGAACGUUUUCUACUAUGCAUUGGCAAUAUUAGGUAUCCCAGCUAAUGUGGUCACACUUCUGACACUCCAGCUCCGGGACUGUGGACUUUCAAACAGCACUAACAUCUACCUCGUGUCUAUGGCAGCGGCAGACAUCAUCGUCCUGAUCUUCUACGUGGGGAUGAACCGCAUUCUGGUUCCUCGUUUUUCACAAUACUUUCACUUGUUUACUAUGGUGUGCCGCUUCGAGUUAAUCAUGAUAGCGGCGGUGGUUGACUGCUCCGUCUGGCUAACCGUGUCGUUCACGUUCGACCGCUUUGUGGCCGUCUGUUGUCAGGGUUUUAAGCGGAGAUACUGUACAGCAAAAACGGCAACACUGAUGGUCAGUACUGUUUACCUUCUGACAUAUGCCAGGAACCUCCCGUAUUAUUUCACUGUUCUUCCUUACAUAGUUUACAAAGGCCAGCAGAUCGGUUGCAAGACAAAUCCUGCUGUCUACUCAGUUCCAGGAUGGAGAGCGUUCUACUGGCUUCAUACAGUUUUAACUCCCUUCGUCCCGUUUGCGACAAUAAUUCUUUUCAACCUUUUGACCAUCUGGCACAUCGUGGUGGCCAGUAGGGUCCGUCAGAGUUUCCAUUCAGAUGGAGCAUCGGGAGACGCGGAGCUGAGGAAUCGCCGAAGAGCCAUGGUCCUUCUCUUUGCUGCAUCAGCUAGUUUCAUAUCCCUAUGGGUGUCAACGGUCGGACUCUUCCUCUUUUCCCGAAUCACAAACACGUAUUUCUACCGAAAUUUCAACGAUCCAUUCGCUGUCGUCAAUGAAAUAUCUCGUAUGCUCCGGGUUCUGAACUGUUGUUCGAGCACUUGCAUGUACGCUUUAACUCAAUCUAAAUUCAGGGAAGAGCUGAAGAGCUUGGGAAAAUCCUAUAAAAAUCUAAUAUGGAAAGUGUUGCAGUGA